AUGAGAAAUGCACCAAUAACAAUGAGAGGUGGGUGUGAGUUUCUGCCAUGCAACGCCCACGUACCAUCUCGUGCCAACUACCAAAAAAUCAGGUGACCAUCUGACAUCAUGUUUGAGAGUAUAUAAAACCGUGAGAAUGCACCCUAUUCUUUGGUACUUCAAUUUUCAGUUACGAGAGGAGGAAGAGAUUUACGACGACAAUUAUGACCUUGUAAAGCCUGCACCGGAACCCUUAAGGAAUCGGUGCGAUCCAAAUAAAUGUAAUGAUACUUUUAACUUUGAUUGUAAAGUUGACGUUAGCGAUUCAGAAUUAAGUAAGAGUGAGGAUGGCGUUAAAGACAAUGACCCAGACUCGGAGGCCACGACCCACAACAAAGAUGAAGUAGAUACAAUAUCACCGGUAGUUUCUUCCCACGUUCUUUGUCGCUUUGGACCGCUUUGCCUAGUGGCUCCUUUCCGCCAUCAUACGAUCUUUUGUCAUUUCAGAGGAAAAGCAAUAUCUACCUUCAGCUUUUCUUAUUAUCUUUGGGAUGAGUUUGGUUUAUUUUUAUAGUUGUCAUUUUUUCCGCCUUCUCUUUAGCCAUUUGGCAAAAGUAUAUAUAUAUGGUAAAUGUUUGUUAGAUAAUUUAUACAGAAGAAUAUGUCCUAAAAUAUCUGAAACCUUAGACAUCCGAACUUUUAAACAAGAGAAUUUCCAAAAAAGGUAUAAAAAUAAAUUUUCUGGCUUUUUCCUUAAUGCAAACGAUCUUCAUACAAUUUUGGUGAAAUAAAAAAAAUGUUAAAUGACCUUCACUACCCCUUUGAUUGGAUAGCAUUUGCAGAAACAAAUUUUAAACAAAACUACAAAACUAGGGAUGGUUAUAUAUUUACUGGUUAUAUCAGAGAGGGCAAAGGUGGUGGUGUUGGUAUUUACGUGCGAAAGGGCAUCAAGUUUAAAGGAAGGGAUGAUUUGAAAAUACCAGUAGAUGGGGCCCCAACUCCACCUGAUGUCCAUUUCAUUGAAAUUAUCCGGCCAACUGGUAGAAAUAUUGUUGUUGGUGUACUUCAUGUUCCUUCAACAAUAAGGAAAAGUGAGAUGUUGUAUCCCAGAUUGAUACAAUCUUCCGAAAAUGUUCUUUCAAAAAUUAAUGAGGAAAACAAAAUCUCUUAUAUAAUGGGGGAUUUCAAUAUCAAUCUUUUUAGCAAACAUAGGACAUCAACAAAUUUUAAAAGAAUGCUCUACAAUAACGGCCAUUACCCUCUGAUCCAAGGACAGCCAACUCGUAGAUCUGUGGAGCAAGGAAAAGAAAGGGGAACGCUAGUCGACAACAUCAUCACAAACUAUAAACCCACUGAAACUAUAGCGGGGAUUCUGAAAAGUGAUGUUUCGGACCAUUAUGGAGUAUUUAUGUUCUCUCCGUUGAACAUUAUCAGACACUAUUUAAAGCCCUGUUCACAAGACAACACAAAACCUUGCCUAUAGAAAUUUACAUUUAGAAAACUUAACUUCGCACUCGACGUACGCACACAUGCUGACAUGGACACAGCCACCAUAGUUUAGGUGGAAAAACUCGAAAUUCAGAAUUCUUUCUAAAUAUAGCACUCUUUGCGUGUGUGCGCACGUGUACAUUACACCUCGCGCAUGCUCGGACACUGAGUGCAGUUGGGAAUUUUGCAAGUGUGCCAUGUUCCACGGUAAUUUUUCCACCGAAAAUAGGGUGGCUGCGCGUCCAUGUUGGCACAAUAGCGUGUGCAGUAAAUGCGCUCUCUUGUUCAUGUAAUUAUCAGCAUCCAGACUCCAACAUGUCUUAAACAUACAUGUAGUGUUUAAACCCAACCAAGCCCACAUUUAUUCCCUUAAUUUUACUUGCGGUAUUUACAUGCAUACACUUUUUUUUCCUCAUGUGAAUCCACUUAUUGUUAUCCGACAAAAAAAAGGUGAAAUUUUUCAACUUUUUUUUGUAAGUGUUCAGUUGAAAGCGCUGCAGUUAUACAAGUUCCUGCUCUCGUAACUUUGUCAUUGUAAGAACGUAAAAUCAAACAAAUGUGCCCCGGGUUGGUAGAACUCGUCAGCCUUUGACGGCAAUCUGCCUAGGAGACGGACAACUCCGAUAACAAACACGGGUUGGUAGAACUCGUCAGCCUUGGACGGCAAUCUGCCUAGGAGACGGACAACUCCGAUAACAAAUGUGCCCGGGUGGGUAGAACUCGUAAGCCUUGGAUGGCAAUCUGCCUAGGAGAAGAACAACUCCGAUCACAAACACGGUUGGUAGAACUCGUCAGCCUUGGACGACAAUCUGCCUAGGAGAAGGACAACUCCGAUAACAAACACGGGUGGGUAGAACUCGUAAGCCUUGGACGGCAAUCUGCCUAGGAGAAGGACAACUCCGAUAACAAACCCAAGUUGGUACAUGUAAAAGCCUGUAGCCUUGCACGGCAACCAUGUUAAUCAGUACUAUUCAUGGGGUUUUUCCAGAUAUUUUUCUCAACAGAGUUUUUUGUCUGUUUUUUUCACUCCAUGGAUGUGCGGAUUAAAUGGAGUUUAACAUUGAUCAAGAUUUCAAAUAGUUGAGUGAGAAAAUUCAACUGUAAAUCUACUUUAUCUGUGUAUGUGUGCAAUUGUUUAAUUAAAAGAACAAAAGGUGACUUUUGUGAAAUCAGUAACUUACAAAAAAACACUCAAAAUCUUAGUUUACAGAGUAACAGAUGUAACUUACAUUAUAAUUGUUAUUUUACCAUAUUUUUGGCUUAUUUAAUAGUCUGGCUGAUAUUGUGAUUAAAAAAUUAACUUAUGGGUACAAACAAAAAUCGGUUUGUCUGAGUGCGUACAACACCGAAGUGAACUAAGAUUUUGAGUGAUUUGUGUAAACCGGUAAUGACUUACAAAUAUAUAUCAGACUCUUAGUCUAAAAAGUUGCACAUGUAAUUUACCUUUCUAUAAUUGUAUGUCAUGUAACUUUCAACUUUAAAAGUUUCACUAUCAUGUGUUUUUUUGCAAUGUUGAAUAAUUUGGCUGUGUACUUGUGACUUAAAACUUAAUUAAUAGACACACAAGAAUAUCAGUUUGUCUUGGUACCCUACGUACAAAAACAAAACAAAAUAUUUUAUUGAAAUGUCAAAGUUUCACUAUGAGGUCAUUUGCCGGAAUAAAUGGAAUUGUGCACAGCUGUUGGCAGAACGGAUCAUUGUAAA